AGGCUGAAGAGACCAGUAUGGCGGAGGCUUCCUUCGGGAGUUCGAGCCCUGUUGGCUCUUUCUCCUCAGAGGAUCACGAUUUUGAUCCAACAGCUGAGAUGUUGAUUCAUGAGUAUGAUGACGAAAGAACUUUAGAGGAGGAGGAACUUCUGGAUAGAGAGAAGAAUUUCAGCGCAGAACUGGCAGACUUGGAGAGGGAGGGGAACAUGCCAAUCGAGGAGUUGUUGGCUAUUUAUCGUUACGAGGAAUCAGUCAGUACAGGGGCAGGAUCGAGCAUGGACAGUUCUUCUGUUGACCUAGCAGAUGAUCUGCCUGACAUGACUCUCGAUAAGGAGGAGAUAGCAAAAGAUCUCUUGUCGGGAGAUUAUGAGGAGGAGACGCAGUCCUCUGCUGAUGACCUGACUCCUUCGGUUACCUCCCAUGAGGCCACAGACUUCUUCCCUAGAACACUCAGAUCCAACACGACUUAUGAUGGUGAUAAAGAAUCUGAAGGGGAGGAGGACGGUGUGAGCAGUGAAGAUUCCAGAAAGGAAAUAAUGGUGGGUUCUCAGUAUCAAGCAGAAAUUCCUAUUGGGCUCAGCCACUAUAACGAUGAUGAAAAAGUGUAUAAGGAGGAAGAUCAGUUGCUGUGGAGUCCUAGCGUGCUGUCAGAGUGUAAAGUGACAGACUAUCUCAGAGAGGCUCUGUCACAGUCUACAGACGGAAGUACUGAAGAUUCCGCAUCUGAACACAUACGAGAUAACGAGCAGGCCUUGUUGGAGCUUUUGAAGUGUAAUUAUGACACCCGCGAGGCAUUGACACGAUAUUGCAAUAAUGUGAAGAUGUCAAAAGAAGAGUCACCACCAUGGUCAGAGGAUGAAUGCAGGAACUUUGAACAUGCACUGCAGAUUUAUGAGAAGAAUUUCCAUCUUAUUCAGAAACACAAGGUUCAAACACGGACUGUUGCAGAAUGUGUGGCUUUUUAUUAUAUGUGGAAAAAGUCUGAACGUUUCGACUACUUUGCUCAACAGAACCGAUUUGGCAAGAAGAAGUACAGUAGUUACCCGGGUGUGACAGACUUGAUGGACAGGCUGGUGGAUGAGGCGGAGGGGCUGGCGGUGGACAGCUCAUCCUCUGUGUGUUCAGCUGGAGCAGGGGGAAGGAUGGAGGCAUCAGCAGAGCAACAGCUCGGACUGCUCAACUCCAUUACUGCCAGUGACCUUACUGCCCUUAGUAACAGCGUAGCAACCGUGUGCAGUGGUCCUGGAGACGUGAGCUGUUUAGACGCCUCAUACUUCCCUCCUCUGGAGAGUUUACACAGAGGAGCCCUAAACCAUGACGAGCAUCUGAGCUACACCACGAAUGGAGACAACGGCUGCCUCAACAUGCUGGAUUCCAGCUUCUACUGCUCGGAACUGGGCCAGAUCAGCAUGUACAGCACCAAAGACUGUGAACGGCCAUCCAAGAGGCUCAAGAUGGGCCUUUCAGAGUCCUUCAUUAAUGACGUAUCUAUUUCUAACCUGGCUGUGGACUUCGAGGGCAGACCUACACAUUGCUUCACAGGCGCCACAAUGGCAGUGUCGGUCACAGACUUGAGCAGCAUAGGGAGCAGUGACGCGAACGGUUUCAUCAGCUCGCAUUCGCGACAUCACCAACACAACGCACUUCAGUCAGAUUGAUUCCUCACUCAGACCCACAUUCUCCCACUUGCUGACUAUUCGUUCUUUUUUAAUUAUAUAUAUAUAUAUAUAUAUGUAUACUUUUUAGUCGUUUUUUUUUUUUUUUUUGUAAUAUGACAUCAGUGAUGUCUUUAUUGUACAGAGCUAAGAAAUCUUGAUUUCUCAAGAGUUUAAAUAGCCAUUUAUUUUUCUGGUUCUUCAGAUAUUUAAAAUCCUUUUUGUCUACGGUGAUAUACAGUUAAACCUAAAUGCUGGAGCAGAGAGGUGUGGUCUCUUACUGUACUCAUCCCAACGCCUGCAUCUUUAAGUUUUAAAGUUGCUACCGCCAAAAAAUGUUUUUUUUUUUUUGGGGGGGGGGGGGGGUGUUGUUUAUCAUGUAUGUGUGUUCGUUUCUAAAUUGAUACUUUUUUCAGUGUUUACACAACCCAAGCUAGACUUAAGCCUUGGAAAUUGUAGCAUUUUGUAUAUCAGGAAACUGGCUUUUGUAAUAGAAAAUAGUGACUUCUUUAGAACAAAGAUUACGUGUUAAAACAAAGAGCACUUCUAGUCGCUAAGAUGUUCUCAUGUAUUCCACUAAUGUUGUUGCUUGUUGCGCUUAUAACGCAUGCAUGCCCUCAUAUUUUAAGAUUCCUUGAGUUUCGUGUUUUGUAUGAAAGAAAGAUCGGUUUUGCGUCUCGUUGAUUGGUGUAGCAGUUUGAGUUAAAAAAAAAAAAAUAGUGCAAGCUUUAAUAAUUUCUGAUUUAUUGUGGUAAUCCACACAUUUAAAAAGAUAAUUUGUUUUGGGGUUUCAUCCUUUUGAUGAUCAGAGAGAACAAAUGUUUUAACCAAGUAUUACUCAAGUUUUUUUUACUGAAAAGUCUAGAAACCACAUGUCGUCUGUAGAUUUAUGAUUUUGUCCCAGAUUUGGCUUUCUAAUAGGUUUUAUUACCUACAAGGAAGUAUUAUGGGACAGAUGGGCACGAUGGGGCAGUCACCUGCACUUGACAGUAUUACCAUAAAUUAAUGUUUAAACUGUACAUAUAUUAAGCUGUGAGAAAUGCACAGAGCAUUUAGAAUUCUUAUAGAGGAUGUACAUCUGUUUAAAUGAUACACAUUAUCUUCACAGGCGCCAGUCAUCAAUAACUAUCAACUGCUUUAGUGCAGAUUGAACCAGUGUUAUUUUUGUUCCAGCUAUGCAUUAUGGAUAUUUGGUUGCUGCCAGGGGUAUGGAGAAAACCUGAAUGUUUAUUGAUAAUUGAGCUAAUUGUUAAUCACACUUUGACCUCUCUUUUAUGUUAAGCUCACAGUCUUCAAUUCUGUGAAGUUCUUUACCAUUUUUGUAAUUUGUGUGCACUAAGCUAAUUGGACUUUUGUUCAUUCUUUGAGACAAUACAAAGUGAUUAAUAUAACGUGACAAAAAUCAAUUGGCUCGGCACACUGCAUCAAAACCGAUACUUAAUCUGAGCUUGAGUCCUGUUUGCUUUUUGCAUGCAAAAAAACACAAAAACUUUGAUUUCUAUUGUAUACUAAUUGCGCUGAUCAUGAUUAGGCUAAAUAAGUGCAGAAAUGCUGAAAAAUGUUAUUUAUGGCAAUAAUAUGUAGAUAUGUAUAUAUUGUUCUACUCUUCAAUGUCUCAUAAUAUUCAUUACUUUUUCCCCUUUGUUUGCUGCAGUAAGAGACAACAAAAACAUGCAUGAUAGUGGUGAUUGUUUGAGAAAAAACCACAGAUCAUUUUGUGAGAGAUUUAUAUAGAAAUGGAAAUAAUUAUAGAUCAUUUUAUUCUUAAACAUCCUUAUAUGGACACACAGUUUAUUUCUGUGCUCAUUAGAAGAGCAUGUUUCCAGUUCACCGUGAUUUUUACACCCUUGAUAUUUAACAGCUGCUAUCAGUAAUGUGAAGAGUUUAUUGAAUGCACUGCAGUUGCAGUUGUAAGUUGAGUUGAAAGAGUCUUGUACAUCUGCAUAGUUAAUGCAUAGAAAAGUACUCAUUAAUAGCAUGUUUGGAGCUGUGAUUAUAGACACUGAUUGAAAUGGAUCAGUGGAUUGUUCAUUGACAAGUUAGAAAGCACUACAAAGACUCUGUCAAUAAGUUUUGGAGAUCGCAAAAUGUACAUCAAGCAGAGAACUUUAUCAUGCACAACAUACAACACAACUAAUGUAGUACUUGGUGCUCAUAUGAAAAGUUUUAUUUUAUUUUUUUAUUUUUGUACUUUGUUUCUGUGCUCCUACUAUUCUAUAUAACUAUUAGUACUUUUUUAAAUGAUACAGCAAACUGCACAGUUGUGUCUUCGACUAGAUUUGCUGAGGUACAGUGGAAGUGAUUUUAUCCUGAAAUGUUUUGCAUAUUGUGUGUUUAAUUUUAAAAGCAAACUUAAAGACCAGAAUGUACAAGUUGUUUUGACCUACAGAAUUAACACAUUUUUCAUCUUUGAAAAAUAUCAAGAAAAGUUUGGUUGUGUAUCCUCAGUGGUUUUGGGUGUGCGUUGUAUUUAGACAUUUAAAUGAAUAAUUAAGCAGAAGUUUCACAUUCAACCGUGGGGGAGGUUGAACAAUGGUAAAAUUUGUGAAUAAAGCCAACAAAUCCUAUAAAUGUAUAUCCAUAUAUAAAGACAAUCAUAACAUUUAAUAAUGGAAUUAUUCAAACAGAUAUCUCUAUUGUUUAUAAAAUAUGUACAUAUAAUUGCAUUGCUUUUUGUUUUGCAUUAUUUUGUAUUUUUGUUGUACUUUAUUGGUGUAAAAAGUUCCAGAAAUAAAAGCUCUGGAAACAGA